GGGGCCUGAGGUGGGCCGGGGGAUGAAGAGAAAGGCGGGGAGGCGAGGGCGGGCUGGGCGGAUUCGACGAGCGCCGCGGCGGUUGGCGAAGCGGCCGGGGUGCAGCCUCCCCGGUGCGAGGAACGGUCUCCGCUGACAGAUCCCCUUCUUCCGGCCGCGCCACUCGGGAGGCGGAUCCCGGGGGCCUGAGGAGGCUUCCCCCGCCCGCCUUGCUCUCACCUCCUUCGCUGGCGCUGCCGCGGGUCCACCGAGCGGCCUCUGAGGAGCAGCCGCAGGAGGAGGAGGAGGUCGUCGGGGGCGGCGGGCGGAGACCGUGCUCUCGCUUCCCCGGCGGCGGCGGGGGCAGGACAAUGGAGGUGGCGGUGGAGAAGGCGGCGGCAGCGGCGGCGGCGGCCUCAGCGGCGGCCUCUGGGGGGCCCUCAGCCGCCCCGAGCGGGGAGAACGAGGCCGAGAGUCGGCAGGGCCCGGACUCGGAGCGCGGCGGCGAGGCGGCCCGGCUCAACCUGUUGGACACUUGCGCCGUGUGCCACCAGAACAUCCAGAGCCGGGCGCCCAAGCUGCUGCCCUGCCUGCACUCUUUCUGCCAGCGCUGCCUGCCCGCGCCCCAGCGGUAUCUCAUGCUGCCCGCGCCCAUGCUGGGCUCGGCGGAGACCCCGCCGCCCGUUCCUGCCCCGGGCUCGCCGGUCAGCGGCUCGUCGCCGUUCGCCACCCAAGUUGGAGUCAUUCGAUGCCCAGUUUGCAGCCAAGAAUGUGCAGAAAGACACAUCAUAGAUAACUUUUUUGUGAAGGACACUACUGAGGUUCCCAGCAGUACAGUAGAAAAGUCAAAUCAGGUGUGCACAAGCUGUGAGGACAACGCAGAAGCUAAUGGCUUUUGUGUAGAGUGUGUUGAAUGGCUCUGCAAGACAUGUAUCAGAGCUCAUCAGAGGGUAAAGUUCACAAAAGACCACACUGUCAGACAGAAAGAGGAAGUAUCUCCAGAGGCAGUUGGUGUCACUAGCCAGCGACCAGUGUUUUGUCCUUUUCAUAAAAAGGAGCAGUUGAAGCUGUACUGUGAGACAUGUGACAAACUGACAUGUCGGGACUGUCAGUUAUUAGAACAUAAAGAGCAUAGAUAUCAAUUUAUAGAAGAAGCUUUUCAGAAUCAGAAAGUGAUCAUAGAUACACUAAUCACCAAACUGAUGGAAAAAACAAAAUACAUAAAAUUCACAGGAAAUCAAAUCCAAAACAGAAUUAUUGAAGUAAAUCAAAAUCAAAAGCAGGUGGAACAGGAUAUUAAAGUUGCUAUAUUUACAUUGAUGGUAGAAAUAAAUAAAAAAGGAAAAGCUCUACUGCAUCAGUUAGAGAGCCUUGCAAAGGACCAUCGCAUGAAACUUAUGCAACAACAACAGGAAGUGGCUGGACUUUCUAAACAAUUGGAGCAUGUCAUGCAUUUUUCUAAAUGGGCAGUUUCCAGUGGCAGUAGUACAGCAUUACUUUAUAGCAAACGACUGAUUACAUACCGGUUGCGGCACCUCCUUCGUGCAAGAUGUGAUGCGUCCCCAGUGACCAACAACACCAUCCAGUUUCACUGUGAUCCUAGUUUCUGGGCUCAAAAUAUUAUCAACUUAGGUUCUUUAGUAAUCGAGGAUAAAGAGAGCCAGCCACAAAUGCCUAAGCAGAAUCCUGUCGUGGAACAGAAUUCACAGCCACCAAGUGGUUUAUCAUCAAACCAGUUAUCCAAGUUUCCAACACAGAUCAGCCUAGCUCAAUUACGGCUCCAGCAUAUGCAGCAACAGGUAAUGGCUCAGAGGCAACAGGUGCAACGGAGGCCAGCACCUGUGGGUUUACCAAACCCUAGAAUGCAGGGGCCCAUCCAGCAACCUUCCAUCUCUCAUCAGCAACCCCCUCCACGUUUGAUAAACUUUCAGAAUCAUAGCCCCAAACCCAAUGGACCUGUUCUUCCGCCUCAUCCUCAACAACUGAGAUAUCCACCAAACCAGAAUAUACCACGACAAGCAAUAAAGCCCAACCCCCUACAAAUGGCUUUCUUGGCUCAACAAGCCAUAAAACAGUGGCAGAUCAGCAGUGGACAGGGUGUCCCAUCAACUACCAACAGCACAUCCUCUACUCCUUCCAGCCCCACGAUUACUAGUGCAGCAGGAUAUGAUGGAAAGGCUUUUGGUUCACCUAUGAUCGAUUUAAGCUCACCAGUGGGAGGUUCUUAUAAUCUUCCCUCUCUUCCAGAUAUUGACUGUUCAAGUACUAUUAUGCUGGACAGUAUUGUGAGGAAAGAUACUAAUAUAGAUCAUGGCCAGCCAAGACCACCCUCAAACAGAACGGUCCAGUCACCAAAUUCAUCAGUGCCAUCUCCAGGCCUAGCAGGACCUGUUACUAUGACUAGUGUACACCCCCCAAUACGUUCACCGAGUGCCUCCAGCGUUGGAAGCCGAGGAAGCUCUGGCUCUUCCAGCAAACCAGCAGGAGCUGAUUCUACACACAAAGUCCCAGUGGUAAUGUUGGAGCCAAUUCGAAUAAAACAAGAAAACAGUGGACCACCUGAAAAUUAUGAUUUCCCUGUUGUUAUAGUGAAGCAAGAAUCAGAUGAAGAAUCCAGGCCUCAAAAUGCCAAUUAUCCAAGAAGCAUACUCACCUCCCUGCUCUUAAAUAGCAGUCAGAGCUCUACUUCUGAGGAGACUGUGCUAAGAUCAGAUGCCCCUGAUAGUACAGGAGAUCAACCUGGACUUCAGCAGGAGAAUUCCUCGAAUGGAAAGUCUGAGUGGCUGGAUCCUUCCCAGAAGUCACCCCUUCACGUUGGAGAGACAAGGAAAGAGGAUGACCCAAAUGAGGACUGGUGUGCAGUUUGUCAAAACGGAGGGGAACUCCUGUGCUGUGAAAAGUGCCCCAAAGUAUUCCAUCUUUCUUGUCAUGUGCCCACACUGACAAAUUUUCCAAGUGGAGAGUGGAUUUGCACUUUCUGCCGAGACUUAUCUAAACCAGAAGUUGAAUAUGAUUGUGAUGCUCCCAGUCACAACUCAGAAAAAAGGAAAACUGAAGGCCUUGUUAAAUUAACACCUAUAGAUAAAAGGAAGUGUGAGCGCCUACUUUUAUUUCUUUACUGCCAUGAAAUGAGCCUGGCUUUUCAAGACCCUGUUCCUCUAACUGUGCCUGAUUAUUAUAAAAUAAUUAAAAAUCCGAUGGAUUUGUCAACCAUCAAGAAGAGACUACAAGAAGAUUAUUCCAUGUACUCAAAACCUGAAGAUUUUGUAGCUGAUUUUAGAUUGAUCUUUCAAAACUGUGCUGAAUUCAAUGAGCCUGAUUCAGAAGUAGCUAAUGCUGGUAUAAAACUUGAAAAUUAUUUUGAAGAACUUCUAAAGAACCUCUAUCCAGAAAAAAGGUUUCCUAAACCAGAAUUCAGGAAUGAAUCAGAAGAUAAUAAAUACAGUGAUGAUUCAGAUGAUGACUUUGUACAGCCCCGAAAGAAACGCCUCAAAAGCAUUGAAGAACGCCAGUUGCUUAAAUAACAUGCAGCACCACUGGCUUGUGCUGGUUUUUAGAUUUUGUUUUCAAUAAACAUUUGUCAGUAAUUUAACAUCACUACAAAACUCUGAUCUCUGUUUUGGCCAUUUACUAGACUUUGAUUUCCUUAAUAACCCAUUUUUGUUAACCUCUUAUCACUAAGAAAGAAAAAGAAUAAAGAAGGAAAUGAAUGGAAGAACGAACAUGGAGGGAAGGCAGAAAGGAUGGAAGAAGGAAGCAUUGAAUAUGAAGACAUUCUUCCCACUUCUUGGAUUUUUAAACUACAAUCUGGAGUGAUGGCUACUGUAGAAAGGAAAUAGACUUUGUAUGAACUCUUAAGUUGAAAAGUAUAUGUGGUUUGGAUGUGUGCGCUAAUUCAGUUUUAGAAAUACCACUACCCGUGAAGUACAUGGCCUGACCUUAUGGGUUAGGCAUAGUAUACUGAAGAACAGUACUCCACAAACAUGGGUGGUAACAAGAGUUCCAUCCCAGGAGGCCAACCGGUGCAACAGAAGGGUAGAUUAGAUGCUAUUAAGAAGGCACCUAAUAGUACAUUACGAUGUAAGAGGGCAACUGUAUUAAAGAAAAAUCAGGAAAACAAACGUUUGAUGUUUUUGUUUUUGUCUAUAGAGAUAUUGGUAUAUCAGGUUUUUAAGGCCAUUUUUCAUAUAUUUCUAGAUCUAGAUUUUCAACUUCUUCCACUGAGGGAAGUAUACAUGUUUGGUUUUGCUGUGUGUCUAUGUGUGGUUUAACUAUACAGGUGAUCCUUUUACAACAGCCUCCUUGUUUGCAGUAUAGCUUUUAGUGGAACUACCCAAAAUAUAAAUACAGCAGUGUGCACUGUAUUUGAUGUGAGGUCUCUUCAUCAUAUACCCUACUGGGCAUUAAAUAUAAGUUCCUCUAAAAGGGACUCGUUUUUGUGGUUUUCAUCUGUCUAUAAUUUAGAAUGAAAAUGCGUUGUGGGAUUUUGGGAACAGGCAGUUGGGGGAAAUAGUGAAUUUUUUUUUCCUGAAGCAUCUAUCAAUCAUGUUUUUCUUUCAAGAGUCAGAUCACCACAUUUAGUCUUUGAUCUGACUUAAUUCGGAUUUUCCUGAUAGAGAAAUAAAAGACCUGUAUUCUGAGGGCAAGCAUAUUCUUCAUGGGCCAGACCUAGCCAGUUCAACUGAUAAAACUUUAUUCCUUUUACUUGUUCAUUGUUUUUUUUAGGAUCAGAUGAAAUGUCAAAGAAACGAGAUUAAGAUAGAAAAUUGCUGUGCCAUACACGAAUCCAGCAUUUGACAAAACACCUAUUUUUAGUUCACCAAAGUUAAUCUUCCUUUAUAAAACAUGAACUGGAGUAAAUUUGUCUCCUUAGGAUGAUAGAAUAAAAAGAGCUGACUUGAAAGAAGGCUAUUAAUUUGCAUUAUCUCACCCCUUAUAAAUUCAGCAUAGACGACUUGGUUUUAUCUACAUGGCUUUACUUAAAGUGGAAAGUAUUCUGUGGCUAAUUCAUUGGGUUUUCAGGUAUUGCUAAAGAUAAAAUACAAAAAGAAAAUAACUUGUUAGCAAUAGCUUCCCAUUUUUUACGUAUAGGUCUUAAUCAUAAUAUGUCAAUUAUAUAUUGUUAAAAAGUUCUAAUCACUUUUCCAGAUGUGUGUUACAUGGUAAUGUUUGUCACUGUUUUAAAAGAGGCAUUUGACAUUUGUUCUCCCAAGAGUGUUGGAAUGGAUUUUGGUAACUGUGCAUACACCUUUUGUCUUUCUUUGCGCUAGUAUUUUAUUUUUAGCACAGCAGCUGUGGAGCUUUUGCUAAUAAGUUAUUGGUAUCUUAUCAUCUGACAAUUUGUUCUUCCAUACUUGUCUCCCGAGUUAAAACAGCAAUGCAGAUAAAUUAUUUUGAGAAUCAUCACAAAGGGAGUUAGAACUUGUGAGAGUAAAACUAUAAUGUCCUAGUGAACCCCAAACUGUCACUAUUAUAUUCAGUGCCAUAUUUACCUUUUAAAACAGUAUUUGUUUCUCCCUAACAAUCUUUGGCUGAAUAAAAGGCAAAACCAUC